AUGGCCGUCAUUCGUACGAAACCGAACGGUCGCGUCCUGGGCGUUGAUAUUAACCCGGCUCAGCCUUUGGAGGGUGUAUCCGCGAUACAAGGGAACUUUCUCGACCCCAAAGUUCAAGCUCACCUUCAAAUGCUUCUGGGGGGCCUGGAAAGAGACAAGUCUUCUGAGUUCGACAACCGUGACCCCUUUCCAUCGGUAGUUUCGGAUACGCGCAGCGUAAAAUCGAGGGACAACUCGAAUAGCACAUUCCAAGACAAUGGCGAGAGAACAGUAGAUGUUGUUCUCAGCGAUAUGAUGAUGAAUACAAGUGGCAUAAAUUCAAAAGACCAUGCUGGAAGUAUGACCAAGGACCUCUGCCACGCUGCGUUGCUCUUCAGUUACAAGGCUUUGAAAAUUGGUGGCCACUUCAUCUGUAAAUUUUACCAAGGCGCUGAGGAUCGUGACUUGGAAUCUCAACUUAAAGCGCUCUUUGAAAAAGUACAUAGGGUCAAGCCACAAUCGUCGCGCAACGAAUCCAAGGAGGCAUUUUUCAUUGGCCUCCGUCGCAAACAAACAGCCAAAGGUGAACCAUUCACUGGGACUUACGACGAAGACGCAAAAUAG